CUGAUCAUGCUUCCAGCGUCCCGCUCAGAUACUUAUUGAAGGUCGAUCCUUCCUAGGCUUGUUUCGUCCGUCCACUUGCGCCAGAAGAGCGCAACUAGAUCAUGGUUUUCGUGAAUGAUCAGAAGUUUGCAUGUGAAUCGUGCAUCAAAGGCCAUCGCUCCUCAUCAUGCCAGCACACCGACCGACCUCUCUUCGAGAUCAAGAAGAAAGGACGGCCAGUCUCUCAAUGCGAAAGAUGUAGGGAGCUACGGAAGACGAAGCGAAUGCACAACAAAUGCACUUGCGCCUGUGCAUCGUCCGCAGAAUCUCAACAGCCUCAGGUUGCUAGUUCUUCACCGAGCAAGUCACGUCGAUUCAAGCCCAUCGCUCCUGCGCUACCCAAUGGUCUCAAGAGCUUGCUGCCCGAACUAGCAGACAGUACGUCGAUAGUGGGACCUAGCUCUGACGACAGUUCUUCAAGCUCGUGCGACUGCGGUGCCCCCGGUUGUCUCUGUCUCAAGGCGGCUAUGCACCCAUAUAGCGCUGACACGUCGAUACGCCCAGACCAGCGUCCUCAGAACGGGCUCGCCGCUCUGGCGGCAGCUGCAGAUAUCCAUUCUAGGCAUGAACAUCUUUCCGUCGGCAACGAAAUCAGCCCUUCCCUAGUGGCAUUCGCUGUCGGCGAUAGUGCGCCAGGGCACGGAAAGCAUCAUUGCGCGACAUUGGCCACCGGUCAACCGCCAAAACACCUCUCCGGCCAUCUCUCACCCGAGCAGUGCUCGCUGCAGCGAAAACGGCGCAGAUCCAGCUCCAAUGAGGCAAACUCGUCUACGCAUAUACAUUCGCACACAGAAGAAAGCCUAGAACUUCCUCCCAUUCGCUAUUCUGGCACGCCGGACGGUCGACCAGGUGGAACAUUUGCUGUUCCUGUCUUUCCGCCCAUCCCACCUCUGCGCGAGAUCACCUCAUUAGCUGGAUCCGAAUGCUGCUGCGGUGUCGAAUGUACAUGCCCGGGGUGUGUCCAGCACCGAGGUCGUGGCCACGCGUCGAAGGACUUUCACGAUUGCGCGGACGGGUGCGGGACGUGCGUGGACAACGAGAACGGGGUAGCGCUGCCAUCCCCGCGCGCAGGCUCGUCUUCUAGCCUUAAACCUGGGUCGAGUGCACAGCCGAAUUUCAUCGACGCGUUUUUCGCCCGUGCUGCCGCUCUCCCGCUCCCACCUGCUACGCGCACGGCGGGUUUGGACGCGAUGAACGUGACGAUUUAUCCUACGACGUUGUUCAGAGGCGAUGCGAAGGAGCGCGAGGAACGCGUCGCAGCGUUUGGACUCGUCUCGCUUCCUCCACUUGAAUGUGGAUGUGCCGGGGGUUGUGGAUGCCCCGCAGGGCGGUGUGGUUGUGGUGAGGGUUGCGGCGGGUGUUGCUGACCCCGCCAACACCGGUACCUCGGGAGUAUCUCCAGUCUGGUUUACUGGUGUGCUCGGCGACGAUCACCUUCUAUUUUCUUUGGGACACGACACUGAUUUGGCCUUCGGAGAGCCGAGUGUAUUAUUAUCAUUUACUUGUGUGUUGCUCUUGCUCUGACCACGAUGUUGUGCUUGUAUGUCAAGUCAUCUGCUAAAUACCCGAGCUUUCGAGUGAUGUAGCCAUGCAGUCGCCACCGGCCGAUGUGGUAUUUGACUGGGUGCGUUCCACACAUGAAGCCUGCCCUGGUAGGUCAGCGGAGCUAUCGAUAAUGCGUCCGAAUGCGAUCAUUCGCGCGGUCACACGUCCGACCCUGACUCACACUACUGGUACCAGAACAUAGUGAUAGGCAUGACAACUUCGGGCCCGAUCCACGCGUACAGACUGGCGACUGUAGG